AUGCUGGCUCGACUCCUCCAAGUGAGGGUUUCUGCCCUGACUCGGGCACUAGUGGGCCGCUACUUCCACACAAACGCCGGCCUCGCUACCCAGACAAACACAUACGAAGACGUCACACAUCCGGAGAUUUUCCAGAAGGUGGACGUGAAGGAGAUCAUUUCCCGGUUCAGAGAGUUGGGACCGUUCCCGGCAGACUCGUCUGUGUUGAACCCGCAGCACUACUACCAGAACCAGUCGGUGUUGGAUUGGAUGUUCAAGCACAAGUCGCACCCAGUAACUCUCAGACAACUCGCAGGGUUCGGGCGCCGGUUGACGCGCGAAAAGAUCUUGACAUCGGCCAACUUUGUACGUAUCGAGUUGCCGACCAGAUUGGCCAUGCGCUUGGAGGACUUGCAGCGGUUACCGUUUGGGGUGACUAACAAUUUCCACUUGGUCCAGGUCUAUGAAAGCUAUUGCCACGCGUUCAACUUGUUCCGCAAGUACCCCAAGAUCACCAGCCUAGAGGAGAAUGACGCCUUCAACGAGUUCUUAUCGCGUUUGCUCGACGAACACUUGAUGGUGUUGCCCCAUUUGGUGAUGGGUGCCUUGGAGUGCUCGAUCUCGCAGGUGUUGCCUCCACAGGCCUUGGACCAGUUUAUUUCUUCCUUGUUGAGACUGCGGAUCAGUCGACGUGUGAUCAUCGAGGAGCACCUCUCCUUGUCAAAGAGCUUCAAAGCAAGCCCCCACGAGGAAAAGCCGGCCGACUACAUCGGGGACUUAUUCUACCAGUGUGAUGCGGUAGACACCUUGCAAAAGGUGGCCCUGUUGAUUAAAGACUCCCUGGCAGCACAGUAUCCGGAUAUUUCUAUGCCGGAGUUAAAGAUCGACACCACCACCGCAAACAAGUUGGUCAAGUUCCCGUUCUUGAUCUCUCAUUUGCACUUCAUCUUCGGAGAGAUCUUGCGUAACUCGUUUGAUGCUACGUUGCAGCACCACAUUGCGCAAUGUCAGGCCAAUGGGACCGAUCCCAAGACCAUCAGUCCGCCUCCCAUCAGCAUCAACAUUGUGGAGCUGAAAACGGACAUCUUAUUCAGAUUCAGCGACCGAGGCGGGGGUAUCGAAGACGAUAUCCUUAGCAAUAUCUGGUCUUUUGGGAAGCCACCAGACAUUUCAAGUGAGUCUUUGCUGAACUUCCACCUGUUGCCAGGCUUGGAGCUUUCCUCGGAGUCUGUGUUGCAGACCUCGCAGUUAGCUGUGCCGUCGUCGCCGACACACUUUUCCCGAAAGGAAGCUCCACUUACUAAGGAUGUUUUAGUGUCCACGUCGCUCCAGGACAACAUGUCCGCCAGGGGCGGCUCCUUGAACACCUUGACCACCAGACCCUACGAAUUCAAGUUGGGACUCGGUUUGGCAAUGUGCAAGGUCUACGUCGACUACUGGAACGGCGAGAUCAAGAUGCACAGCAUGAAAGGUUACGGCAGCGACACGUUUUUGAAAUUAACGCGAUUGGGCGAAGUCGGCACCAAGGCCCAGAUGGACAGGGCGUAG